AAACAAAUGUCAAUUUUGACAUUGACAAUUAAAUAAUUUUCUCAUUAAUUUAUCAGGUUUUUCUAAAUUGAUUUAUAAAAUAAUAAAAUGAAUAAUUGAUGAAGAAGAUGGAAAAAAAAUUGUACAAUUAAUUUAUUUCUACAUUGGAGCUAGAGAGAGUUUUAACAAUCAUCAAAACAAUUAUCAAAAAAAAUAAUGAAUUUUCUUGAAGGAUGUCCUGGGUUAUAUUGUGGACGAAGUCUUUUAACUGAUGGAAAUUGGAGUGAUUGUGGAGUAUGUGCAAGAGGCUUUAAAUCAAAUGAAAGUUCUGCUUGUGUACCUUGUGAAGAUAAUUUAACUUUAUAUGAUUGGUUUUAUUUGAGUUUUAUUGCAGUAUUUGUUCUUGUACUUCAUUGGUUUUUCAUUGAUGUUGUUACUAAAAGACGUAAUAUACCACAAGAAGUUAUUAUUAUUCAUAUAUCAGCAUUAUUUGAAACAGCUUUAGCUUCAUUGAUAACACUUCAUGUAACUGAUCCAAUUGGUACAUAUGAUGUACGUUCAUGUAAAACAAAACGUUUGUCUGAUUGGUAUACACUAUUUUAUAAUCCAAGUCCAAAUUAUGAAACUUUACUUUAUUGUACACAAGAAGCUGUAUAUCCUCUAUAUACAAUGGUCUUUGUUUUUUAUUCACUUGGAGCAAUAAUUAUGCUGUUAAUACGUCCACUUAUUGUUAGAAAAUUUCUUCCAAAAAGAGGAAAACUUACAGUAUAUGCAGCUUUAUAUUUCUAUCCAAUUUUGGCACUAUCACAUGCAGUUGGUGGUGGAUUAAUAUAUUAUUCAUUUCCAUAUAUCACAAUAAUCUUGACAGUUUUAUCAAGUGCUGCUCAUUUUGCCUUUAAAUUAAAUCAGACAAUGAAAUCAUUAUUACUGAGUUCUGUGACUGAUUUUAAAAAUAUUGUUGUUAUUCUUGGUCAUUGGUUAUUACAAGCAUUUGGUAUUAUGGCUGUUGCAACACUUAAAGACAUUGAUAUACAUCCUGCAAUGUUUAUAUUUGUUCCAUUUCCAGCAUUGUUUUAUAUAUUAACAGCAAGAUUUACAGAUCCUCAUAAACUUCAUAUUGAAUAA